AUGGAGAAGGAGAGAGAGCGGUUGGUUUACUUGGCGAGACUUGCAGAGCAAGCUGAGAGAUACGAUGAGAUGGUAGAAGCAAUGAAGAAAGUUGCAAAGUUGGAUGUGGAAUUGACAGUGGAGGAGAGGAAUCUGGUGUCCGUGGGUUACAAGAAUGUCAUUGGGGCAAGAAGGGCAUCAUGGAGAAUAUUGUCUUCCAUUGAACAGAAGGAGGAGGCCAAGGGGAAUGAACAGAAUGUGAAGAGGAUAAAGGAGUACAGGCAGAGGGUUGAAGAUGAACUUGCAAAGAUCUGCAAUGAUAUAUUAUCAGUCAUUGAUCAGCAUCUCAUCCCAUCCUCUUCGAGUGGGGAAUCUACUGUCUUUUACUAUAAGAUGAAGGGAGACUAUUAUCGUUAUUUAGCUGAGUUUAAAAGUGCUGAUGAACGUAAAGAAGCUGCAGAUCAGUCCCUCAAGGCUUAUGAGGCAGCAACCUCUACUGCAAUCUCUGAUCUGCCUCCUACUCAUCCAAUUAGACUUGGCCUGGCUCUGAACUUUUCCGUUUUCUACUAUGAGAUUUUGAACUCCCCUGAAAGGGCCUGCCACCUGGCUAAACAAGCAUUUGAUGAUGCUAUAGCAGAACUUGAUAGCCUCAAUGAGGAUUCGUACAAGGACAGUACCCUCAUCAUGCAGCUACUUAGGGACAAUCUCACUUUAUGGACCUCAGAUCUGCCAGAGGAAGGAGGUGAGCAAUCUACAGCUGAUGAGCCUAAGGCGGCAGAGGUAAAGCAAAACUGA